CAUGAAUGUCCCCAAAUGGAAGCUUCUCAAUUGAUCUUUCCGGCGUCGCUAUAAUUUUCAUGGUCUCUCUUCGGCCCGGAUCAUUAUAGACAGGGUUGGAAUUAGGGUUUCGGAAGCGUUUCUGCUAUCUCCGAGCGAGCGAUCGAGCGAGAGAGGAGCGAGGGGGGAGGAUGUGGCACGAAGCGCGGAGGUCGGAGAGGAAGGUCCACGACCUGAUGGACGCGGCCCGGAAGCGGGCGCAGCGGCGGGCCGUGUACCUCGCCAAGCGUCGCGGCGACCCCCAGCAGUCGCUCCAGGUCGCCGGGUCCCGGUGCCGCGUCUACCGCGACGACGGCUUGUACCAGGCCGCCCAGGACCAGCAGGGAUUGAUACCAUGGAAUGGAAAGCAAGAUAUCUUGAUCGACAGAUUUGAUGGCCGCGCUCUUCUUGAUUUUAUUCGUGAUUCUAGUUCCCGUGCUUAUCGAGUUCAAGAGAGAACUGAGGAAGAAGAAGAAGUAGAAGAGUUUGUUAAUUUCGAGCGUUACAGAGAUUUAAUUAAGCUUCGGCGUAGAGGAUUUACUGAUGAAGAUGGUUUGCGACAUGUUCACCAAGAGUUGGAGGCAAAGAACUCGCUUCCAUUUGCAUUUGAGAGACCACAGUCUACACAGCCCCCAACAAGCAAGGGUUCAUACUCACAGGUGGGUUUCUCCUAUAAGGGGGAUGGCCAUGAAGAAUCCCACCAUGUGGACAGUGGAAACGAGGAAGAGGAAGAUGAUGAAGAAGAUGAUGAUGAUGAUGAGAAAGAUUUCAGUAGUGAUGAUAGUAACGAUGAGAAAAUGGAGACUAUUUCUAAAGAAUUUGGCAUCAAGAGAUAUAACUGGCUUGUUUAUAUGGACAAAAAAGCCAAGGAGGAAGAGAAAAGGCAGAAGGAAAUAAUCAGAGGAGAUCCUGCUAUUAGAAAAUUGAGUCGCAAGGAAAGAAGGAAAGCUUCUCAAAUAGAAAGGGAAAGGGAAAGGGAAGCAGCACGUUUGACAGGAAGAACACCCCAUCAUGAUCCCUACCGGGAGUCUCGCCGAAGUCCCACAUAUGAAGCUUAUCCCAGGAGCAGAGGAUCAAGAUCCAAGUCCCGGUCAUAUUCACCUCCGCAUUCAAGACGACACGAACGAAGUUUGCGUGCUGAUAAUGGGCAUCAAAGCAAGUCAAAGCCUCCCAAAAUUGAGUAUAUCACAGAGUUUGGUGGUACAAAUGAUUUGGAUGAUCAAAAAUUUGGAGUCUCCCCACCAUCAUCUCCAUUGCAAGCUGAUCCAUUGAACCGGUUAUCAGGUGGUCGAAUUCUUGAGGCGCUUCAUGUUGAUCCUGCAUCUGCUCUGUCUCUUGAACAGGAAAAGAAUGCAAAAAUGUUGAGACCAUCGGUCAGCUCAUCAUCGUCAGCAAUAGCAAAACUCAGCAAAACUCCUCUUGGGGUAUCAUCCAAAAUUCAACAGGGCGAAAAAAAGGAAACUCCUCAAGAACGCCUCAAACGGAUAAUGAGUAAACAACUGAAUAAACAAAUUCGUAAAGAUACUGCUGCUGAGAUGGCUAAAAAGCGGGAGCAGGAAAGACAGAGACAGGAAAAGCUUGCUGAAGCAAGUAGGAUAAGCCGCUAUAGCCAUCGUAGUCGUAGUAUAAGUUACAGCCCUUCUCCACCAAGAAGACGGCGUCACAGUAGAAGCCGUAGUAGAAGCAGGAGCCCCAGAAGAAACUAUUGUCGAUCGCGGUCUCACUCUCGUUCUCAUUCCCCAAGAUCGAGGAGCCGCACUAAGUACUGAAGCAUUUUUGUCACGCGUUGGUCGGCGGAGGCAGCUGAAAUCUCAGAAGUCUUGUGGAGGUCUGUGGUUGUAUCUGUGCUUUUGAUGUUUCAUCACUCAUAGGUGAUAAUGACCAAUCACGAUUGAGUUUAUGGUGCUUUGGUUGGUUGAUGUCUAUUAUUUUUAGUUGUUGUAGAUGCAGAAGUACCUAAUGCUUAAAUAGUUUUCAAUAUCUCA